AUGAUGAUCUCAAAUUUGGUCAAUUGUGGUACAAAAUGGUCAGCAGAUGCACCAAAGAGUCAAUAUCAACUCAGUCCUGAUUUCAAGAUUUGUUCAGACAAAGUCACUCGAAAGUAUGAAUUUGUGAUCACAAACACAACGGCUGCACCAGACGGAUUCCUAAGGACCGUCUUGGCUAUCAAUAAUCAAAUUCCAGGUCCUUUAAUUGAGGUCAACGAAGGAGAUUCACUAGAAGUCACUGUCGUGAAUCACUCUGGAGGACCACUGACUAUACAUUGGCAUGGUCUUUAUCAGAAUGGUACAAAUUGGGAAGAUGGACCUACAGGUAUUACUCAAUGUCCAAUUGCAGCUGGUAUAUCCUAUACCUACAAGUUUACUGUUGACAACCAGUUCGGAACAUUUUGGUAUCACGCACACGCUCUAAAUACAAUGGCAGAUGGAAUCCAUGGACCACUUAUUGUUCAUUCCACAAGAGAUCCAUUAGUGCGAGGUAUUGAUUUUGAUGAAGAGGCAGUUCUAGUCUUGGCAGAUUGGUACCACAAUACUUCAGCCCAAAUCAUUCACGAUAUGUUUUACACCGAUAAAGGUUACUUUGGUACACCUGGUACACCUAGUCCCAAUUCAGUUGUCAUGAAUGGGGUAGGUGAAUGGGAUUGUAAAUAUGCGACUACGCAACAAUUUUGCAAACCGACCACAGUCUUACCCGAGUUCAGUGUGGCAGCUGGAAAUAAAAUUAGAUUUAGACUUAUCAAUUCUGGAUCUCAUUCUAUGCUCUUCUUUUCGGCUGAUGAACAUGCACUUAAUGUGACUGAAGCUGAUGCUACUCCCGUACAUGGUCCUUCAAAGGUUCAUCGUCUUAAGUUUCAUAACGGGCAAAGAUAUUCUGUUAUUGUCACCAUUGAUUCAAAAGAAGCUGGUAACAGCUUUUACAUACGUGCUUCAGCCGAUACAGAUUGUUGGGCAUGGGUAUCAGCAGAUUUACAAACCACAGCUAGAGGUAUUGUUAGAGUCGCUAAACCUGGUAAAACAUUAUCGUCGAAAGACAAGCAAGUUAGACCAAAUUCAAAGGAUUGGUCAGAUCCUGCCAACGGACCUUGUGUUGAUCUUGAUCCAGAUUUGCUAUCUCCAAUCAUACCUCAAGAAGUACCUACCACUGUUGCUGGAUCUGGCCAAUUUGCGAAUGCCUUUGGUUUUGUCUCAGUUCUCGAAGGCGAAAAAGUGGCUAAUCCACCACCACCACCAUCACCACCUAGCGGUACCGGAAACCCUCGAAACACUGGAAUCACUAGAAACACUACAGGAGCAUCCAAGGCACUCGGUUCUGAUUCUGAAAUAUCUUUAGGGGCAUCUUUAUCGACUUCUGAUAUACCUAUCAUUCUUAAACGACAAAUCUCAACUGGUGUGGAUAGUGCUUCCAUUCCAGCUGGCACUGCUGCUUUGCCACCCAACUUCACUGUCAUUCCUGGUCUUCCUACUAUUCCACGUGAAGCAAGAGGUGCUUUCUUUGUGAACAAUGUCACUUGGGCAACAUAUCCUUAUCAACCUAUCAUGCAUGAUCUUGCACCAGGAGGUGUAGGAAAGGUUAACAGUGACAGAGUGGCAAAUGUAGUAUAUCCUACUGAAGAUUGGUAUGAUUUAUAUCUUGUCAACAUGGAUCCAGCUUUGGCCCAUGCUUAUCACUUGCAUGGAAUGGAUAUGCAUAUAGUUGCAAUUGGACAAGGUCAACCUACACCAGAAAGCUUGGCUAAAUUAGAUUAUAAUACUAAGAAUCCAUUAAGAAGGGAUACUAUUGCAAUUGCAGCUGGUACAUUUGUGGUAGCUAGAUUAUUCACUGAUCUUCCUGGAGUUUGGGCUAUGCAUUGUCAUUUUGGGUGGCAUUUGGCCAUUGGAUUUGCUGGAGUUGUGGUAGUACAACCUGAUAAAAUUGCAAAAUUCAAAAUACCAGAUGAAAAUUUAGCACUUUGUUCUCAUGGUCAAGCAAAUGAACGUGAACCUGGUCGUCGUAAAAGAUCAAUCAUCACAGAAUUCAGAUGA